AUGCGCGGGAUUCUAACAUUCUUAUCGACUACUAUAUACUGGUUUGGUGUCUUGGGCGAGCUUAAAGUGCAUUCAGAAAAAAACCCUCCAGAUAAUGAAAAUCAUGAGAAUUCCCGAGUUAAUACAAUUUAUAAGAGCAAGACCAACUGGCAAAUUAGUUCCUUCCAAUCUGUAUGGUCGCCUCAGAUUUCUAUGACAGAACAAUCCCAUAUCAUUCCACAAUGCAAACUCUUGAAAUUUAACUGGAUAAAUGGUAGUUCUAGCAACGUUAAAUUCCUGCAUAAAGCACAACUAUCAGAUUUAUUCAACUCGCCUUGGUCCAACUCACAAUUCACUUGGGAUCCUGGAAACCAUGUUAAACAUCCUGACCAACUGAGGUUACAUGAAUGCUACAUUCUGUUCAUUUUCUCUACUACUUGUCGAUUUUCUAAAGCUUCAUUGCCCUAUAUAAAUGCUUUAGCUCGAGCAUAUCCUCAACUUCCAGUCUACGGUAUCCAGGUGGAUGAUUAUCUCAUUCACAAAUGGAGUCUACGUAUGUUGUUUGUCCCAAAACUCAAGAUUAUCGUUAACGGAAAGAUUUUCAAUGAGUAUUCCGGUUCAGAUGUCGAUUUGGAUGGGAUGGCUGACUUCAUUUGGUCAAACAUGCGUCUCUUACCUCGUGUGCCACUACGCGUUCUUCCUUCGGAUUAUGAAAAUGCACCUCAAUUUUCAUUUAAGUCAAAUGCUGUUUGCCUACUUAUAUCGUGGCUGGUUACUAUAAUGGGGCUCGGAUUUAUUUGUGCGACAGCAGUCUUGCGAUUACAAUGUUUUAUUUCUUUUCUUAACCGCGUAUCUGCCCUGAACUUUUUUUUGGUAAACUUUAAUGGACGGCACCAUUACAGUGGUUAAUUUGACGACAUACACUUAUUUUCACACUAUAUUUCAUCUGUCAUUCUAACUUGAAAAUGUGUAUAAAUGAUUUUUGGCUUUUUUUUUCCAAAACUGUGUCACAAAAUUUAAUUUAUAAUACUCAUCAGCUGUUGAGUAAACCAGUUCCGACACAUAUCAGCACAACUCCAACAGACCCUAGAAGUUAUGGACAGAUAAUUUUAGUUGAUGGUAACGUACCGCUAAAUUUCAUUUUGUCAUGGUAAACACAUGAGCUUGUGAGAGCUGACGCUAGUAAAGCUGUUGAGUUUGCUAUCGCUACACCUCUUGACAAGCCUAAAACAGUCAAAAUUUUCUUCGUGAUUACUUACGUGUAUAUCUGAAUCCAAACAUCAACAAGAUAGAGGCGGAUUGAUUCAAAAAAAUAAACGCUAGAAGCUACGAGACAAUUCAUGAAACAAGGAUUCUUACCUUGAGUGUUUUAUUAGAGUUAUACUUCAUACAGAUAUUAGUACUUCCCCAUAUCAAUCCAACCAUUAACGGCAGUAGUACCUCAAACAUGACUUUUAACUGAAGAUUUAAUACACAGUUAUAAUUCUACUAUAUUGAUAGCUGUUAUAAUUUCUCUUAUUACGACCCAGCUAUUCCUAUUGUUUAGUAUUCCUGGACACCAAUUCACUCGUCAAGUCCCCAAAUCAGAACACAGUUAAACAGGAAAGGUAUUAUAUUCUGAAUAACAAGGGUAGAUGGAAGUAAGAAGCGCAAUAAGAAAUACGUUAGUAUAUUUAUAGUUUUUACAUGGUUCUAGAGUCCUCUCCAAGGAUCAACUAGCGCUGAUUGGAUAAGAAUUAGUCAAUCAGCGUGCACCAACGCAAUCGUGCAUGGAACAUGCUUUAAUCCAACCUAUGUCAUGCUAACAAUAGUAUAUAUUAAUGACUAAACACACCUUGGGGAUGCUGGUUUUGUCACUAAAGGAUUAGUUGAUUGAAGUAGCCCUAUUGUGUACUCAUACGAAUUCAACUAAGGUGAAUGAAUUUGAAGUCUUAAUAGUGGCUUCAAUAAGUGGUAACUAUCAUUUUCCUUACUUUAUGUACAUAUUUUUAGGUAACCAAACCGAGACAGUUUGGUACGCUCUUAAAGAGUUCGAUACAGUUAUGUGGAUUAACGGAUCCUUUAACUAAACGGAAAUAAGUACCUCACUCUUGAAGUUUUUUUCAGUCAUUGGUUUACAUGUCUGACAAUAUAACACACGAUCUGUUAUACACUUUUCAUACGAUGAAUUAUGAACCAGCAUUUGGUUGCAGUCACACGUCGUAUUGACAGAAAAUCAACCAUCACCUUGUUUAAUAAAAACAGAUCUCAGUGUCGCCUUAUAGUAGUGCGGAUUUAGCACACUAAGUUAAGUAUUGUGCAAUAACGUCUUUUCGCUGAGUUCAUAAGUGUUUGCCACAACUCUAGCCAUACUCAUUGAUAUUUGAAGAUGUACAGAGCCAAGAGCACUGAGAACACCAUAUAAAAUUUUUUUAGAAACGUUAGUAAUCACUAGGUUUUUUCUACCUUUAACUAUCCGUACGUCAAAGCUAAUACAAACAUUCAUAUAAAGUACUCGCAUGUCACCAUAUGUAAGCUAAAUACUAUAACAGAUUGGGAAUUCGCCACAGGACACUAGUACACAACAUAUAAAUCUCGGCAGGAAUAUAGUAUACCGAUGAUGAAUGUUAUGAUGAGCCCAGCUUUAGAUUUGAAUAAGACCAUCGAGGUGGACCUCAUUAGAGAAGCUGAUAACAAACACACAGAUCUAGGCAUUGUUACAAGAAAAAAGAAGAAAGUAUAGGUAGCCCUAAGGUAUGUGGAUCUACAGUUUCAGUUCCGGAUUUACAUAACGCAAAACAGACUGCCCGAGAAGUUUAGAUGAUGCGGUUAAGAGACAUAAUAAGGUAAAGGCUUAAAUUCAAAAGUAGAAAUAAGGAAACAGAGUGAGACAUCUGUGUUUGACAGCAAAUCGGACCGCAGGGAGGAGAGUAUUUCAGGAAUUAAAAUUGCAGUGUCUUAAAACGAACCUCGCUGACAGAUCAAUCAUUUUUGCCCCAAAAUGCCCUGAUACGGCCUAGAGUGGGGAAGGGCCACCCUCCCUUUCGAAAUGCAUAUGGUAGCCGUACUUGUCGGGAACGAUUGUUUUAGUAUGUUAAAUAGAGAACAAAAUGUAGUGAUCGUAUUUCUCCAUUACUGUUACACGAAAAUCCGGAUUUACUGGCUGAAUCAGAUCUGGCAUUAGCUGAAACUUUAUCAAAUUAUCUUAGGGAAGUCUACUAUAGGUGUGUUGUUUAAAACACUUGUCUUAAUCAUACCGAGGUACCAGCCAUAGGACCAUUACAUUUGACGGGAAACUGUUCUUUAGUUGAUCUCAAACCAAGUAAGGUACCAGGCCCUGGUGGGUACAUCUACGGUUGCUGUCAUCUCUCGCGGAUAUUACUUCAAGACCAUUCAUAAUGCUCUUCAACAUGUCCCUUUCCCACACUCAACUGCCUAAAGAUCGGAGGGGUGCUAUAGUCAGUCCUAUAUUUAAGGAUGUUCCGAGACAGAUCGUAUCUAACUAUCGACCUGUCAGUCUAACCAGAAUAGUCGUUAAGUUACUUGAAAAGAUAACUCGAGUUAAGUUACUGAGUCGCAUAGAUCCGUACAAUCUGUUAACUUCCGAGUAACACGGGUUUCGAAACAAGUAUUCAUGCUUGACCAACCUGCUUAUCGAGAGAGGAUUGGACAGCAGCCCCAAAUAACGGUGUGUCUGUCAAUGAGAUAUUUAUAGACUUUAGCAAAGCGUUUGACAAGGUCUCACACAUAGGUCUUAUUCAGAAGCUAUCGAGCUUCAGAAUAACAGGUGUUGUCCAGGGAUGAAUAGGAAACCUCUUAUGUGACCGCAGACAGUGAGGGUUAAUGGAACGUUAUACAGAUGGAAGCCCGUCAAAAAUGGUGUAUCCCAAGACAUCAUCUUAGGUCCUCUACUUUUCCUUCUCUACGUCAACGAGUUACCGUCACUGCCUAAGUCGUCGACAUCACUGUUUGUGGAUGAUAUCAAAACCUGGAAGUGAGGUUGAUUGUUUUGAUCUCCAAGCUGACCUAGACGAGUUAAUUAAAUGGGCUGGAGGUUGGGGCUUAGAUGUUUAUUCUAGGAAGAGUGUACUCAUGCACAUCGGACACGGUAAUAGUUAACAAUAUACUAUUGCUGGCACAUCUCUUCUAUGAGUUCAGAAACAUAAAGACUUGAAAGUAAUAAUAAGUCACGACUUGAAAUCAACUGUGCAUCGCAACACAGUUACUACCAAAGGGUUUUGUGCAUCAUGGUCACUUCGCCGAGCAGGUGUUUCGAAUUUUAUAUCCCACCUGUGUUAGACCACACUUAGAGUACUACAUCCAAGCAGCUGGUUCAUGUCUGACUAAGCAUACUAACUCACUUGACCUCAUUCAGUGUGUGGGAACUAAAAUAGUGAAGGGUCUUUCUAAACUCCCUUACGAUGAGCGCUUAAAACGCCUAGACCUUUUCCCCUUCUUGUAUCAUAGGACGCGAGGUAACCUUAUACUGUCAUUUCGUAUCUUUAAUUGAAAUUCGGGUGUUAUUAUGUCGGAUCUUUUUGCUCCCUCCAGCACUAAUAAUCUCCGAGGUCAUAUCAAGAAGGUCCACAAACGACGAUCUGAUAAACUGAAAGUGGAGUUCCGUUUAUCUCAUCCAGUGGUCAAUGACUGGAACGGCUUACCCGAACAAGUGGUAUCAGUCCAAUCAGUGAGCAUUUUCAAGAAGCUACACCUUCACCAGAAGGCAAACUGUCAGGAUUAACACAGGUUCAUCAACCUGUCAUUCUUAUUACUAAAGACUUACUGGCUAGUCACGUGCACCUGACUAUGCAUGUAUAGUUAUACAAAAAGUAACGAUGAAAAGCAAAGAAACUGUAGUGGGACCAUAACUUUGACAUGACUAUUAAGACAUAAUAGGUCGAAUUAUCCAUAGAUUAUGGUAAAAAAUGUUUAGGUUUAUAUAUUAGAAGUCAGUUUAGUAAUGUUAUAACCCAACUCUAUAGCGUAGUAACCCCUGAGGGUUUUUAUGAUCAGCUAUAAUACAAAGUUUAAGGGUUAACAAUUAAACUAGAGUCAUAAGUUAGGAUUACCAAUUGAGUUUGGGGGUUCCGCCAGGAAGUGAAACUAGCUAUGAUACACUGAAACUGACAGCGUUUAAUUUCCGAACUCGGUGGAUGUGCUACGUACGACCUUGAGCUACCCGUUCAAAUUGUUGU